GCAAUGUUUGCAAACGUUUUUGACGUUUUAUUUUACCAUGUGAUUCUGAAUGAAGAUAAAGUUUUGUCAGUUUGAAAAAUGAAACAGUCUUCAAGACAUAAACAGAAACAUCUGUUGCGGCACAAGAUUGAACAGAAACUACAAGAUGUUAGUGAGCUGAAGAAUGAACUUAUCUCUGUGAUUUCAGAACAUGUGGAGGGAGUACAGUCGUACGCUAGACAGAAGACGUCGUCGUCUGACCAUGAUUUGCCGAUGGAGACCUACUUACAUGUCAUGCAGAUGCUGGACAAGUGUAGUAACAACUGUUUCUAUCUUCUUGCCACAGCAGAGAAAGUGAUUGAAAAUACUGACAGUGAGUUAGAUGGUCUCUCGGUCUCAUCAGAAGAACAGCAGUCUUUGUGUCGGGUGAGGCCGUCAGCUGAACAUGUAACGAGUGUCAACACUUCCAGUCUGGAGAACGACAAUGACGUGGAUCCAGUGAGAAUAGUCUCGGACAACAAACUGCAGGACAAGGGUGGCAUUCAUGGUGAUAUCAAGAACCGUGAUCUACUUGACAAGGACGGCUUUCAUAGUGAUAUGAAGGAAAAUCAUGAGACCAGACGUGAUGAUGUUUCUAACUGGAUUAAUAAACAGCCUAGCUAUGAAGGUUCAAAAGAGUUGUACACCAAUAAAGUCAAUUCUUCAGCCAUCAAGCAUGUUAAGCCUGAUGCUGGUCGUGAUACCAAGAUCUCUCACCAGCUAGAAAUAACAUGCAAUACGCCAUCAACUGCAGUUCAGCAAGACAGUGAUGGUCAACAUGUGUCUGUUUCUGAUUUUAACGACAAUCAUGCAUCAACUGAAGCUUUUUAUCAGUGUUUAACAGAGACAGAGAAUGAAGAUAAAAAGAUGGCUUCUGUUGCUCCAGUUGGUGCUUCACAGUCUCAUUCUAAAGUGACCCAGCCAUCUGCAAUUUUGGAAGAUUUGCCUCAGGAAUCAACAUCUUUUACAUGCAUGCCUCAGACAUCUGCAACUUUGACAGGCAUGCCUCAAACAGCAGCAUGUUUUGCACAAAUGCCUCAAACAUCAAAUCCAUUGACAUCCUUGCCUCAUACAUUUCCAUUUGUUACUGGCAUCCCUCAGUCAUAUAUAUCUUUUGCAAGUAUGCCUCAAACAUCUGCAACUUUUGCAUCCAUACCUCGAUCACCUACAUCAUUAACAUCCAUGCCUCAAACAUCUGCAUCUGUUGUGCCAAUACUUCCUCAAACGACUACAUCUUUGAUGGACAUGCAACAGAAUAUGCCUACAGCAUCUGCAUCUCAGGUAGCUGUUCCUGAAUGUAACGUGGACCGAGUGGUCAUUUCCAAAUCGGCAAGUAGUGUGAUGUCUUCACCGUCUGAAACAUCUUUGGUGGUGAAGCCACUGACAUUGGAUCCUGAUGCCACCAUCCAAGUAGUUGUCAGUGAAAUAGAUACACCGUGGUCCUUCUACGUGCAGACUGUGAGCCAAGUUCUUGAUGAUCUAAGAAAUCAGAUACAACUCCAUGUUUCCAUGGUGGACCCUGCAGUUGCCAGACCGGAACCUCGGCUUGGAAUGAUGUGCCUUGCUCCAUUUUUACAAGAAAAUCCCUCUCUGUACUAUCGAGCCAAAGUGAUCAGGACUGACAAUGUGACAGAGCCUGACAGCAAAGCCGAAGUUCUCUAUGUUGAUUUCGGCAACACUAGUCAUGUCCCAGUAAAAACCAUUAUACCAUUGCCAGUGGAAUUCACCGCCUUGCCGGCACAAGCCAUCUUUUGUGCACUGUCUGCGAUUGCACCAGCUAAUAAACUUGGAGUUUGGACUGAAGAUGAAAUUCAUGGCUUCCGAUCGUGCGUCUUUGGCCAGACGUUACACUUGCAGCUUGUGUAUUGUGCCAACAGCCAACUUUUCCCGUACCUCGUCGACUUGGCCUGGAACCUUCCUAUUGUUCCUGAUGUCACUAACCAAAGCUCACAACAGGUCCAGUUUACAAAGCUUCAUGUUAGCAGCAUCCUUCUGGAGCAGGGCACUGCCAGACAGCUGUCCAUCUCUGAACAGAUAACCAAACUGCGACAGUUAUUUGGUGGUGCUGAUCUUGAUCUGUCGUCCGUUUUGUCCUCCAGCUCACCUAAAGCCACGCAGCUGAAAGUGAAAGGCAAGGCGAGUGUAGCUCGUGCUGUAGCUGUUGCUUGCGAGGGUAAAAAUCAAGUUAAACAUUGCAGUGUGGGUAAUAUAGCAGUGAAAUCAGUGUUGCCAGCAUCGUCGACUGUUGGGAAAUCCGAGUUGACGUGUUCAGCAAAACAAGAUUCGGCAGAAACAGGUAAACCAGCUUGUGAACUUGUGAAUAAUAAUAAUAAUGAAGAAGAAGAAUCCAAGUUGAUGCCUGUUUUGAAGAAAACUGUUCCAAAAGUGCCGUCUGUUCAUCACAGAAUGAGAAGACGAGUUGUAGGGAACAGGAGAAAGUGUGUGUCAUCUACACUAGAGAAAGGAUGUGACAACACAGUGGAUUCGGAACCACAGGCAGAGAAUACUCAGUCAGAUUCAAAGUCCCUUACUGAAGUAUCUGCAACCAAAAACGACAGAGAGCUAAAUACUACUAUCUCAUCAACAGAUUUUGUUGGAAGUGAUCAACAGGGUUCCGGAACUCUCUCUAGCAGUAAUAGUUGCUCUAGCCAGUCUGUCGGUGGAGAGUCUAGCAAGGAACCAGAACUGAAUGGAAAAGACUUGAUCUCUAAACAGUGUUCCCGUGCUGAUGACUCUUCAAGUGGUGUUAGCCAGUGUGAUAAAGAUAUUAGUAGUGUCAGCCAUAGUGAUAAAGAUAUUAGUGGUAUCAGCCAUAGUGAUAAAGAUACUAGUGAUAUCAGCCAUGGUGAUAAAGAUACUAGUGGUAUUAGACAGUGCGAUAAAGAUACCAGUGGUAUUGGCCAGUGUGAUAAAGAUACCAGCAGUACUAGCCAGGGUGAUAAAGAUACCAGCAGUACUAGCCAGUGUGAUAAAGAUACCAGCGGUAUUAGCCAGUGUGAUAAAGAUACGAGUGGUAUUAGUCUUGCUGAUAAAGAUACGAGUACACUAUCGCCUGCAAUGUCGGAAAAAGGCUUUAAGACAGCUGUGACUUCUGAGCAGAAUGACAGUGUUCAAGAAAAGAGCAACACGUAUUUUGAUAUUCUGAUUUCUCACAUCUCUUCGCCUAACAACUUCCACGUCCACCGAGUGUCAUCGGAGACAGGAAAAACCCUGGACAGGCUGAUGAAGGACCUGAACCAGCAGUUUGAAAGAUCCUCAAAGAAACAGCUCAAGAAACUGUACAAGGAAUUCACGCCCAAAGUAAACCGGCUCUGUUGUGCCGAGUUCUCCAAAGACAGCUGUUUCUACAGGGCACAGAUCAUGGACAUGAGGACGGAAUGUGGAGACUGGGAGGAGGCUGGUAAUAAUGUUAAGAGUGUCCGGGUGUUCUACCUCGAUUUCGGCGAUAACGAGUGGCUUCCCAGGUCCAAAGUGUACGCGCUCCCAGACGAAUUCACGUACCUGCCCCCUCUCGCUAUCUGGUGCUCUUUAGCUCAUGUCGUGCCACUAGAGUUGGGGGAUAUUGAACACGGUUUAGCGGUUCCAGCCAAGGCCUGGUCACAGCAGGGUAUUGACGUGUUUAAAGAACUGGCUCAGUUUGAAAAGAAACUCAAGCUGUGUGUUGUCUCUGGAAGUUUCGAACCAAAUCAUAAAAGGUGCCAUGCACAGACUGAGCCAAUCCAGGUCUAUCUGACGGACAACUCGACCGAUGAGGAAAUCUGCAUCAAUCUAGAGUUGAUGAAUCGAGAUCUCGCGAUGCUAGACUUCGAACUCCCCGACCAACUGGAAAAUCAAAAUGUUAAAACAGCUGCUGCCAAUAAAUCCUUUGAAGAUGUUGACUCGGAUGUUCACUGGAAUCCAAUGGAGGAAGACUUCAUGUCACUGAGGAACAGUUACAAAGUGGAUAUUGACGACGCAGGGGUGGCUACUACUGGAUACAAAGCAAAAGAUGAACAAAGAAUCUGUAAAUUUUUCAACACUCCAGGAAAAUGCUGGCAGGGUGAUCGCUGCAUAUAUAGACAUAUUACCAAUACAACAGGUGUCACUCUGGACCGGGUACCGGUGUAUGCCCUGGAUGAGGACCAGUCCGAGAUCCUGCCUGAAGAGGGCAGCAUCGUAGCUGUGGACAUCUGUACCAUUAUGAGUCCACGGCACUUCUACAUCAACUUACCAUGGGGAAAGACCUCCGUUGAUGAGCUCCACCAGAACCCUCAAGACGUCAUGAAGCGACUGGAAGAUGAGGAAACAUUGGAAGAUCUAGUUAAAUCAAUGAAUGAGACGUACAAAAAGAAGUCUUGCUUUGACACCGACUACACACUGCUAGCCCCGGGCCAGGCUGUUGCGGCGAGGUGUCCACAUAACGGGAUGUGGUAUCGAGCCAAGGUCACAGACAGCAAUGUGGAAGAGGAAAAAGUUGAGGUUUUCUUUGCUGACUUUGGUAACAUGGCUUGGGUUGACGAGAGGGCGAUCCGAGAACUGCAGCCCGAGUUCCUGCAUCUUCCUCAGCAAGCCAUAGAGUGCUUCCUGUCCGGGAUAGAGCCCCCAGGUGGAGAGGAACAGUGGUCAGAUGACGCGAGAAAUUAUUUUCACACGUUGGUUGAUGGGAAGAUAAUGGUGGCCUUCAUCAAGUCAAGAUCAUGGAGUGGCUGUCUACAUGUUGAUCUGUAUGACACAGAAAGCACAGAAGAUCUCAAUAUCCCCGACGCCCUUGUUGCUGCUGGUCACGCGGCCAAGAUCGGCUCAAAGAAAGUGAACACGUUUCAUCAAUCAAGAAACACUUCGACAAAGAGGAAAAUGUUAUUGAUGCCUGGGUGAAACGACAUGUUAAAAACAUAGGGCAGAUUUUACAAAGCCUGCAGGGCUUCUAGAAUGUUUUUAAAAUCCACUAGCCAUGGGAUCAGUGAUUUUAAACAUUUACUAGCCACAAUUAAACAUCCACUAGCCCUACAUUACUUUUUACGUUAAUACAAUUCUAUUAAAUGAUAGCAAUAAUUGGAUAGAGCUUAAAAACACUAACAUUGGGGGGUUGGGGCGAGGGAAGGAUAUUCAUAUUUAUAAGAUAGUCUUAACUGCAACAUUUGAUAAAAAAAAAAAA